AUGCAUCCUAGAGGAACUGAGAUUCUUGUUGUCCUUGAAGGCACACUCUAUGUUGGCUUUGUUUUUUCGAAUACGGGUCCAAAUAUGAAGAACAAGCUCUUUACCAAGAUUUUACAUCCUGGAAAUGUGCAUGAAUCCACUUUCAUCAAGAAGAUUAUUAACGUUAUCAGCACAAGACUAAGUCGUCCAGCUUUAUAUAUUGCUUCUUGCUCAAUUGGAAUACAUCGUAGAGCCAGGCCCAUUAAUUCAUGGGUUCAAGAUGGAUCUAACAACAAUAUUGGGAUACUUCUAGUUUGUGGCAUUGGUGGAAUUGGAAAGACAACACUUGCCAAAUUUGUUUACAAUUUAAACUUUGGAUAUUUCGAAAUUAGUUGUUUCUUAGCAAACAUUAGAGAAACUUCCAAACUCCCUAAUGGUCUAAUCACUUUACAAAAGCAACUUCUUUCUACCCUUCUAAAGAAUGAAAAGGUAAAAAUAUCAAGUGUUGAUGAAGGAAUCAUCAAGAUAAGAAAUGCUUUAUGUUAUAGAAAAGUUCUUCUUGUUCUUGAUGAUGUUGAUGAGCCUGAUUUGGUUGAAGCAAUAUUUGGCAUGAAAGAUUGGUUUGGUCUUGGAAGUAAAAUAAUUGUGACAACUAGGCACAAGAGUUUAUUAAGACCUCAAUUAGGCCAUGAGGUACAUGAAGUUGAAAUUUUGUACACAAUUGAAGCAAAUGAGCUCUUCAAUUUUCAUGCAUUUGGUGAAAACAAUCCAAUAAGUGAAGAUUAUUACAUAGAGUACUCAGAGGAAGUGAUUGAAUGGUGUAGAGGACUUCCAUUAGCUCUUCAAGUUAUUGGUUCUUCGUUGGCUGGAAAAUCAAAAAAUGUAUGGAAAAGUGCUAUAGAAAAGUUGAGAGAAAUUCCCACAAACAAAAUUGUUGACAAAUUGAGAUUAAGUUAUGAAUUGUUGGAAGAUGAUCAUGAUCAGAAUUUGUUCCUUCAUCUUUGUUGUUUCUUUGUGGGGAUGAAAAAAGAUUUUGUAGUUAGGAUAUUAGAUAAAUGUGACUUUUACACACUUGUGGGAAUACAAAAUCUAAUUGAUAGAUGUUUAGUGACAAUUGAAUAUGUAAAUGAGAUAGGAAUGCAUCAAUUAGUAAGAGAUAUGGGAAGAGAUAUUGUUCGUAGAGAAGCAACUGUGGAUCCUGGAAAACGUAGUAGGCUUUGGCACCCCACAGAUUCCUACAAUGUACUAAGAGGAAAAACAAUGCUCACAUAUAUCAUUUUUCUCUAA